AUGAAAACCUUAAUUCUAUCUGGAUUCGUUUCAACAACUAUAUUUAUAUUGCUAAACAUUUCAGUUUAUCAGGUGACGGACGGUCAGAAAGUAACUUUGGCAAGGCAGUAUAAAAGAAUCGUAUUUGAUAAAAUAAACCGUGGUUCUUUCAACGUAUCACAAUGCUUGUCAGAUCUAUUGAACUGCUGGGAAGUUGUCAGAGGAGAUGUGUUGUGUGCAUAUGACAAAUAUAAGGAAUCAAUUUGUGGAUUUUUCAAAGAUAAUUGCCAUGAUUUUUAUGGAAAGCUUGAUAGUAAUUGGGGAUUAGAGUAUACUUUGUAUGAGUCCUACUGUCAGGACAGUUCGCAGUCUUGGACCAAGUAGCUAAGGAUUGCACUACAGUG